UCACUCAACAUCUCUCCUCAUGUCAUAUCGACGACUCACGCUUAUGGUGCAAUGGAUGUUGGACCUGGUAGCCAUAUGCACGGCAAGAAACAUGCGAAGUGGAGUAUGUUAGGGUCUCCGCAUUUUUCGUUCUCCACGGGUAACGAGUUCGACUUGCAGGUGGAGAUGGGACUAGAGAGUGACAACCGACUGUUUGAGUCGAUCCAGGUGAGUAGUGGGUUCCUUGCCGAACCUUGACCAGAACUCACAGUAUCUCUGAGUGAUCAACACAAAUGCACUAUUAACAUUGUUGCUAAUAGCUCUCACCUUAGUCUACCACGGUAUCGACAUGAUAAGACAAAUAUCGGACACAUCAUGCUUCUGGCACACAGCCCUGUCUUGAACACUUUGCGCGCGAUUGGGCAACUGAAGAGGAUGAAGAGAUCGAGCACGAGAGCACUCGUAGGGAGGGGAAAGACUUGUAAGCUAGGCAUCAUGCGCAUGCGGUUUGAGAUGGCAAGGAUAGAGGCUUCAAGCUCACGCAUAAGAUAGUGAUUGAAUGUUCGCAUGACAGAACCCUGUAAUAUGCGUAUUGAUAGAUGAUAUAUAUGUUUUC